AAAAAAAGGUGCAACCAGCGGAGAGGGACUGAAAAAGACCACUGAGGCUCUUCUUACCUGUAAAUGGGACCACACAGAGCAGACUGAUCGGAACUGAGCUGCCCUUUUCUACACAAAGACAUGGAGCACCUUUUCCUGAUGAGACUGUGGUGAGACCGGUGCAGCCCUGUCACGCCCACAGCGCCCCCUUUCGGCCCGGACGGCCCACCAUGCCCCGGUGCCUAUGAAAGGGUACCAUGUCAGCCGUAGCAUGUCUCAGCACUCCUCCGGCGGUGGAGGCCCCUGCCACUGCACGCCAGAGGACUGUGACGGCCCGGGCAGAGACUACUACCAUGGUCACAGUGAUGGUCACUAUUACCCUCCAGGAGGUCCAGCUGAGGCUCUGGCACUGGAAAGGCAUCACUCCCACUCACACGCACACUCACACUCCCAUAGCCACUCUGGAGGUGGCACCUUUCCUCGAUCCCACCCCAGUCAGCACCCACCUCUCCAGUCGUUUGAUUCUUGUGAAGAGUGCCUAUCCUCAGGCCAUGGAGGGAAGAUGCACCGCAUUCCCCCAAACCUGAUGGAUCAGUUUGAAAAGCAGGUGCCCUUCCAUCCUGAUGGCUUCCACACACUGCAGUACCAACGCAAUGCUAGCGGGGGUGCUGAGCCACGCAGCGAGAGCCCCUCACGCAUCCGCCAUUUGGUCAACUCAGUGCAGCGCCUCUUUGCCAAGUCCCAUUCUCUGGAAGCACCAUCCAAACGGGAGUACAAUGGCACAAGGGGUGGUGGGGAAUACCGAGGGGAGAGAGGGGGAGGCCACAGAAGUGGAGGGGAAGAGAGCCACUACUCGGGCCACCAGUCUCGCUCAACUAGGAGGAACAAGUCUCGAGAGCGGAGCAAGAGUGGAGACUCACGGCAUGAGUCAGGCAGACGCCAUCGCAGCAGGACCGCAGGCUGGUGGAGCUCUGACGACAACCUGGACAGCGACAGCAGCUUCUUGGUCAGCGGUAGACGGGGGUAUCCCAGUGGACACGAGAGCCUGGAUGCUGCCAUUCAGGAGCUAACCAUGAAGAAACCUAAGGAGCGAGGUGUUGGUCCCGGAUCAGGCGAAUGUAUGGCCUGCAACACUUUGGCUCUGACUGGGAGUGAGGGAGGAGGGCCUCAUGGGCACCAAGGUCACUCACUGAAGAGGAGCACUUGGUCGGCCAUGACAGUGAGUCAGGCCAGAGAGGUUUAUCCUUCAAGCAGGGGAGGAGGUUAUGACAAAGCCCUGGUACCCGUUGAAAACAAGAUGAAGGAGAGAACCUUCCACUAUCUCCAGGUCCCUUCAGAAGACUGGGGAGGUGGAUAUGGUGGGGGCGGAGCAAUGGACAGCGGAGGGGAAAUUCCAUGCCGUCGGAUGAGAAGCGGCAGCUACAUCAAGGCCAUGGGGGAUGACGAUAGUGCCGACUCAGACACAAGCCCCAAAGCGUCGCCUAAGUCCACGCUGAUCGCCCAGAGGGAAGCCUUCAGACGGUCUAUCAGCAUGGAUCAAAGGUACUCCUGCAAGCAGUGUACAGAUUCCUACCCUAACAGCAGAACUGCACCCAAAACCCACACCCGCUCUCGCAGUUACACCCGGUCUUUGACCAGCUCACAGCUGGGUGACACACUGAACCAUCAGUUUGAGGCCGUUUGUGAGACCAUGUUUGGGGAGGUGGAGUCUCAAGCCGUCGAAGCUCUGGAUCUUCCAGGUGUGUUUCGCACUCGCAGCCACAGCUACGUCCGCGCCAUCCAGGCUGGCUGUUCCCAGGACGACGACUGCCUCUCUGUCUUCUCCAUGUCUGGCCCCCAGGGAAGCAUCAAGGGUGGGGCCGUCUGUCCCUUCUUCUUUCCUUAUCGUAAAGGUGCUCCUCCCCCACUCCCACCUCGCAUGUCAAAGUCUUCACUUUCGGUGCGAGCCCAGAGCAGCACUGAAUCCACCCAGGAUGCUUAUUUCCAGAGCAGCGGACAGAUGGCUCCAGGCUCUGGCACCGGGCGCCCGAAGCAGCACAGCAACUCCGUGGACCUCGGUAGCUCUGAUGGACCCUCAGGACGCACCUCCAGAGGAGGCUACUACACAUCUGGUGGUCCAGGGCGUUCCCGUCAGCACAGUAACUCUGCAGAGAGUCUAGAUGGUAUCCGGGGUUCGAGGGAGCUGGUGCCCUACGCAGGGGGCCCAGGUGUUGGCGUGAGGGCCAAACACAGCUGCUCGGCUGACAGCCUGCUGGAGGGGCCACCGAGGCCAGCUCGGGAGAGAGACAGGGUCAUAGGCAGCCUGGGGAAGACAACAUCUAUGCCUCAGAACAGCAUAAUGCUGAGCAAACCGGUAGGACAGGACGAUGGGCGAGGGGGCAGAAAGUGGAGGCCAUCCAUAGCUGUGCAGGUGGACAGCUCAGAGACUCUGUCAGAUUCAGACGCAGAGGGCAAGGCUCUUACAGAGGUGCACUCUAUAGGAGUCCAAGUGGAAGAUGAGAAAAGACGGGCUCGUGUCAAACGCUCCAACAGCGUGACAGCGAGCGUGCAAGCCGACCUGGACCCCGAGGGCUUCCCAGGGCUCAGCAUUGCUGUGCCAACACAGGACAAGAGUCUCCAGUUUGGUUGCUCAUUCCAAAGGCAUUCAUCAGAGCCUGAGUCUGUGAGCCAGUACACCGAGAGCCUCCGCACCGUCCACACACAGGGACAGUGGGCAUACAGAGAGGAUUUUAUUCAGGGUGGCUACACUACAGAAAGUUGCCAAUCAGACCCAAGGCCCCACCAGCACCCACACUUGCCUCCUCGGUCCCAUUCUCCUUUGCCCCUUCCCUCUGAGCGAGCUUGGGCAGGGACACCGUCACUGGAGGGUCCGAGAAGUCUGCCCGACUCAGGCCGAGCCUCGCCAUGCAUGAGAGAUGGAGAGUUCUUUUUACGCCUCCUGCAGACGGAGGUGGAAAGGAUGGAGGGCUGGUGCCAGAACAUGGAAAGAGAGGCAGAGGAGAAUGAACUUCCAGAGGAGAUUCUUGAGCUUAUUCGAAAUGCAGUUGGCAGUGCCCAAAUGCUCAUGUCUCAUAAAGUGCCACAGUUCUUCCGCCUCUGCCAACAGAGUGUGGACCCAUCAGCUUACCCCCAACCCACAUCUCAGGACCUGGCAGCCUUCUGGGACUUGCUCCAGCUCAACAUAGAAGACGUCAGGGUUAAGUUUCAGGAUCUCCAGAGGCUAAAAGACUCUGGUUGGAGGCUUCCUGAGAAGAAGGAGGAUAAGAAACUUCCUCCCCCGUUACCAAAGAAGCCAGCAGGCGGGGUGAGUGGCAGCCUUCGAGCCGAUAGCGUAGGAGACGGGGGAGCUGGAGGUGGAGGAAGCGGGCCAGGAGGCCUGGUGGUGCCACGCGUAGGAGGACACACCCUUCCUAUCAGGGAGAAGUCUCUGGACCUCGUGGACCGUCAGAGGACAGAGGCGAGAAGAAGGCUGCUGCAGACCAAGCGUACCGCCUCCUUCAGGCAGAACUCAGCCACAGAGAGCGCUGAUAGUAUUGAGAUCUACAUCCCUGAAGCUCAGACUCGACUCUGAAUACAAAGCUCGGGUGCCAAGCUCGUCUUUCCCUCCCUCCCUAGACGUUUGCAAAAUUUAGAUCUUCUGCAAGUCAUUGCUGUUUAUGUGCUAUACUCUUCCCCUCUGCAGUUUCCAUUAGAUUCAGUUAUCACCUAUUAAACAAGCAAUGACAGCCAUUUUAGUGUCUUGAAAUUCUGGCGUUGUACCAACACAGAGGCCUAGACUUUAAAUGGUAGCUAGCAGAAGACCUACAGACAUCUUUAAUGUCUCUGAGAUUCUUUUUUAUUAUCAUUUUGGCUGACGAGAAACAGUCCACUCUUUUUUAACAGAAGUUCACGCAGUAGUAGCAUGCCUGUGCGUGUUCACCUAGCACAUCUCCAUCACAGAAAAUAAAGGGCUUAACAGGCACAAGACCUCUGACAAUAUCUCCCUGUGUGGAUCCCUGAUGCUGUUUGGCAAAAACAGAUCCAUGUGACAUUUGUGGGGAUUUCUGAUUCACAAUCCAUACUUUUCACUGAUGCCACCAGUAUGGGAGAAUCGACAUGGAUUUCUCUGCAUCAGUUUAAAAUGCUCUUAAAGUCAGAUGGUUGGGUUACCUCCAAAGAAUAUCUUCCCCAAACAUCCACAGCCCAAACACAAAUGGCACCUUAUACCCAGGCACCAUCUGUCCACACAGAUGUUCAGUUAAAGAAUAUUAAAAUAUUUUGCCUUUUUCUUUCAUUCCACUCAUUCUAUGUAUACAUUGACUACCCUCAGCAAGGAGCAGUGAGGCUUUUCAAGCAUACGUGGUAUUUGUAUGUGGAGGGUACGCUCAUGUUGGCCAACAGAGUAGCAUCACAGACAAAAAGAAUAUACAGAGCUGUUUGCUUCCUAUGUAGUCUCUCUGAAGUUUCACAUGUUCAGUGGAGGGGGUUCUGGGAGUUUUGUAGGGGGAUGCAUUUUUGCAUUUUCAUGACUAAGUUAAGAGCCCUCCUUUUCACUGUGAGACUGAAGCACCACCAAGUGGUCAAAUAAGGAUCCAUACUAGCAACAGCCGUCUGUACAGUCAGGAAUUAACAAACUCCUCGAUCAAACAGCCAUGAAAGAAGAUCAAUGAAUCUCUUUUCCUAAUUCUUCUCCUGCUCUUGAAUAUUGCUUGAGUGGACUUUACUUGCUGCGUUUGUAUUUAAUUAAGAAAGCAUUUGAAAACAAAAUCAAAGAGGGAGAACUGCCAAAGUCUUAAGCAGGCUCAACCUUGUUUUAAACGAUUUAUUUGGUUGAAAGAAGUCCCUCCAGAGCUCUUCCAAAGAGCUCACCAAAGCCCAUCAAACACCAACAGUGGGGAAAUUAUAGAAAAGAUGCAACACUUAAUUUGAAUGAAGUUGUGUUUGUUUGUUGCUUUGCGUGUUUCCUUUCCAGUUAAUUAACCCCCUGAAGUCACACCACACAGCAUUUCUUAUAGAAUUUUGCAUGAGUUAUCAGUUUUUAAAGGGUCACAUUUAUAGAUGUAUGUCAGAGCAGGUCAUUCAAAGUGUAGGUAUUUUGUAUGGUUGUUGUGUAACAACUUGUGUGUGAAUGCACUGCAAUUACUGGAUGUGAAGAGCUGUGUAACGCCCAGUGAAUUCUAAAAAGUCAGAAUCUGCCUUUUUGAAGAGAGAAAACACAAUAUUAGAAUUUUUAAGCAUGACCUUUUUCUUUCUUUUCAUUUUUUUUUUUUUUUUUUUUGUUUGUUUUUAGAGAUGGAAUAUGUUGGCCAAAUGGAAUAUUUUAAUGGGAGAUGUAUAUUUUAUAAUAUAAUCUACAUUUCUAGAUUAGUAGAGAUUAUUGAGUACAGUAUAUGUACAAAAAUCAUAUAUCAAAUGUGAAAUACUGCAGUAUUAUGAUGAUAGAUUAUAGCAUUGUGUUAUACUAAAGCUGUGUGACAUAUCCAGACGUGUGAAAAAGAAUUUCAAACAUCUAUUAUUAUCUUGAAAUUGUGUGUCAGGUUCACAGGGUAUAACUGGCAAGAACGUUAAUUGCCAAGUAUGAUCCUUCUUAGGCCUACUAUAUUAUCUGUCUGUGGUUCUCACAACAUGUACUGCUGUAUCCCCUCUCUGGAUUUCCUCUUUAGAACCAACUACAUGUGCCUAACCAGCUAUAUGUGGAGGUUUCCUUUUAACACGGUUUACAAUAUGACUAUAUAAAAAGAUAUGUAAAUAGAAAAAUAUGAAAUCCGCAGAAAAUAUUGUUAAAGAAAAUCUUUUUAUUGUACCGAUAUUCUUUAUCUCCCUAAUAUUGACUUGCAAUACACGCACACACACACAAGACUGGUACAUUUAUUGUUAAUACUGCAUGUUUUGUGACAGCCUCCUUUGAAAAAUUAAGCAGAAUCUCGUUUUCAACUGACACAAGGGAGGCAAAUUUUUUAGCUGAUUAAUCUUUUCUUUUGUGACUGAAAAAAAAAAAGUUGACAGGAUUUUGCAGAGCAGUUAUUACACUGAGUCACUUGUUUAUACAACAGUUUUAUCCUUUUAGAGACAAUAACAUCCUUGGAAACAACAACCGAUGUAUUGUAUUGAACCUCCACAGAUCAAUACAACAACCUCCUUGUAAAACAAGCUGCUCUGACAAUGGGAAAAGUUAGGGCGUGGUGAAUCUGCAGCAGUGUGGGUUGUAGAACAGCCUUUAAUCCCAUCACCUCUUCUUCUCUCUUACCCGCAAACUUGAUGACAUCUCAGUGGUGUUUGACAUAGCCCUCACCAAACAAAGCACAAAGAACUGCUUUAAUACUGUUAUGCCACUGUGAAGGACUCUUGACUCCACCCUUACAAUCCUCAGUCCUACUAUUCAAGGGGAUGGCAAGGUCUUUCCAUUACAAGAUGGCCUUGAGGGACUCCAGGAAUCAAGGAGGCAUUUGUUGGACAUCUAUCAACAGUAGCAACAACAACUAUUUAAUUUUCGCUGACUUUUUCCUCUAUACUUUUUUCACUAGUUGAGGUGUCAGUCAGCCACCUUGCCUUGAAACAGGUCCACUGCAAACACAGUUUUUGUGGUUGUGAUUUCCAUGGUAUAUUGUUGUCAUAUAUCCGCAAAGUCUAAACCCCGAACACUCAUCAACACAUCAGACAGACUACUAUCUCAACACUUUCUGCUCUUUUGUAGAAGUGCAGGAACCCCAAGUGGACAGCCAGACAGACAAGUCAACUCUGAGUACCUCAGUUUUCUAAGCAGCAGUGUCUCCUAACCCAACCCAGGCCUCUGUCCUCAGGGGAUUCUCCUAACACCAUGACAAGAUCCUGAAAAUACAGGGCCAAAUCAGUGCUGCAGGAACAAAGAGAAACUCGCUCGCCAUUUGAGCCCAAAUUUGCUUUCAGCUAUUUUUCCUAGAAUGGUGAGUGCGGUGAGAUGAUGGCCGAGGCAGCAACUUAAUUGUAGCCGAAUUGUGUGUGUGCUGUAUACUGUGUAACUGCAACAGACCUGAGUUUGAAGGGUGUAGCAGCAGCAGAUUUGAGUUUUAAUUUACCAUGCCUGUGAGGCAGAGCUGCUCUGGGGGAAAAGCUAAAACUUUCCAAUGUUGGGAAAGCUAAGCAGCUAGUUCAUGCUAAUUCACGCUACAUACAGCUUUGAGCAUUUACUAUCAUUGUUUUAGUAUUUUUAAAUUUAACACUGAUUCACUCUCAGAAACAUGGUCCAGUUACUACAGUAGAUAUUAUUUUAUGACCAUUUACUCGUCAUUAGCAGCAUUUCAGUGACUUUUUAUUUAUUAGCAACAGUAGCAUCAGCAGUGUGGUAGCAUUAGCAGUAGCUGAUACACAUGGUAGCUACAGUGAGAGAUUAGGAGCCUGUAACAAUAUUUAAAUUCACUCAUCUAAAAUUAUAUAGCUAUCAUAUUUAAACAAUAUUUUAUAUGCUAUUUCCACAAAAUUGCUUUGGCUCAUUUAACAGCAUCCUCAUUCCACCUACGUAUUUGUAGAAAAGGGAGGAAGCCUUAGUGUCCACUCAGGUGCCAUUAAAACACACAAAUGGAAAAUGUUUAGAUUUAAAUUAUGUAUGGGAACCUGUUUAAUUGGUCUCAUAUCAAUUAGAUAAGAUUGUGCAGGACUGCAUACAAGCAUAAUCUCCCCUGUGAGUAAGUAAGACUUGAAUGAGUGUAUUAAUGGCAGACUACACCAUUAACAGAGAAUUACUCACUGUAUACACACUUAGUGGCUGUUCAUGACAAGCGCGGAGAAUAAUUAGACUCUGUCUAAUGUAACGAAUAGAGAAUUAGAUCAUUAAUACUUUGCUCAAAUUUACUUGAAAUGUUUUGCCCCCCUUCUGGCUCCAGAGCAGCUCAAAUCCCAAGCAGAUGUUAAACUGAAACUCCAAUGUGCCUUUAGCACUGAAGUGUAAUCCUGUUUGUGCGUGUAUGUGUGCAUUAACACUAUAUUGUGGCUUCACAGGACACACACAGCUAAUCAUGAGGGAAAGAGACAACUGAACAAUUACUGUGUAAUUAAAAAAAAAAAGUAUAGAGAUAUAUAUAUAUAAAUAUACCCUGUCAUCGCCAUGUUCCCAAAACUGUAAAUACCUGUUACAAAUGAACAUUGCUCUUCUCAAUAUUACAUAUACUGCUAUUACAAAUAUGAUUAUUAUAAGUAUGAUUAUUGUCAUUAAAAGGAUUAAUUAUU